AAAACUCAACACACAAAUCCAAACAACACCACUGUCGUGCAUUUGUUUCAAAAACAAACAAAGUUAUUAAAAAAGGGGGAAAAAAAUCCAUUGACUUACUGACUAGCUAGUGACUAUGGAAGAUCAAACCUCAACCAACUGUACUUCCCGCAAGCCUAUCCGCUGCAGAGCUGCUAUUGCUAGGGAGCCAGGGAAGCCACUGGUGAUAGAGGAAGUGAUUGUGGAUACACCGAAAUAUCGAGAAGUCCGAAUCAAAAUCAUAUGCACUUCUCUUUGUCAUAGUGAUGUUAUCUUUUGGAAAUUGGAGCAUCCUCCUGCUAUUUACCCGAGAAUACUUGGUCAUGAAGCAGUGGGGGUUGUAGAAAGUGUCGGAGAAGGUGUACAUGAAGUCGUUGAAGGAGACACUGUGAUCCCAAUCUUUUUGCCGGAUUGUGGUGAAUGUACAGAUUGCUUAUCCAAAAAAAGUAACCUAUGUAGUAAGUUCCCCUUCAAGGUUUCCCCUUGGAUUGACAGGGAAGAAACCAGCAGGUUCACAGACAUCAACGGCGAACCUCUAUACCACUUCUUGUUCGUAUCAAGUUUUAGCGAGUACACAGUGGUUGAUAUCGCUCAUAUAACUAAGAUUGAUCCAGCAAUACCAGCAAAUAGAGCUUGUCUCUUAAGUUGUGGAGUAUCAACCGGAGUGGGUGCUGCGGUUAAAACAGCAGAAGUGGAAAGUGGAACAACGGUUGCUAUAUUUGGACUGGGCGCAAUUGGGCUAGCUGUUUCUGAAGGGGCAAGGCUAUGCGGAGCUAAGAGGAUCAUAGGUGUUGAUGUAAACCAAGACAAAAUGGAAUUAGGAAAAAAAUUCGGAGUCACUGAUUUUGUGAACUCCCGUGACAUUGGAGACAAAACUGUGAGCCAGGUAAUAUUGGAGAUGACAGGUGGAGGUGCAGAUUAUUGCUUUGAGUGUGUUGGUUUGACGUCUCUGGUACACGAAGCUUAUUCUUCUUGUAGAAAGGGAUGGGGAAAGACAGUUGUGUUGGGAGUUGACCAGCCUGGGGCAAUGUUGAACUUCAGUUCUUUUGAGGUACUUCACAGUGGAAAAACGCUCACGGGCUCACUUUUUGGAGGUCUGAAACCGAAAGAUGAUAUCCCAAUCCUCUUAAAACGCUACAUGAAUAAGGAACUACAACUUGAUAAUUUCGUUACGCAUGAAGUUGACUUUGAAGACAUUAACAAGGCAUUCGACUUGCUUCUUCAAGGGAAGAGUUUACGUUGCGUGAUUUGGAUGAAAAAAUGAUUAAAUUUUGUUGCAACAAAAUAUGGUUUGCAUAUUUGUGGCUAUACAUAUUUAACAAUAACAAUUGUGUUCUGUUCCCGAUUUAA